AUGUCUAAUGUUGAAAUUAUUCACGUACAAAGAUAUUACCCCCCAGGAGUUUCAGAGAUUAUCGGUCGUGGUGGCGAGUCUUUCAUUGGGGUCCUUGAUGAGUUUACUGUUCUGAAAUACCCAUGUAUCCCUGGCAAUGAUGAGGGCAUUCGAACGGAGGCUCGGCUUCUCGAGGUCGUUGGAAGCAAUCCCAGAAUUAUUGCCUCAGGAGGUAUAACGGAACAUGGGCUUGUCCUACAGCGUGCCCUGAAUGGAAGCUUAAACGACUACAUCGCGACACAACCCGGUAUAUCACUCGCUAGAAAGAUACUCUGGUGCAAACAAGCUGCUGAAGCUAUUAGCUUUAUACACGGAAAACAUAUCAUUCAUUGCGAUAUCAACCUUCGGAAUCUUUUGCUCGACCACAAUCUUGAUCUCGUUCUAGCAGACUUCCAGGGAAUGUUGAAGUCUAUCGACGGCAGAGUUAUAUUGGAUGGAUUCUCUCGGGAGUGCUCCAAGUCAUACAUGCCUCGACCCCAUGGGGAUUAUGCGUGUGUGACAACUGAUAUCUUUGCACUUGGCUCUGCUAUUUACUUCAUCAUGAUGGGCCAUGAGGUCUUUCCGGAGCUUGACAGCUUGGAGGAUGACGAAGAGAUAUUGUCUCGCUUCCGAAGUGGGAUCUUUCCGAACGACAACCACGCUUGCUACGAAAUCACGGAAAAAUGCUGGAAGCAGCAGUAUCAGUCUGCGGACGAAGUGGUUUCUGAUAUCUCUAACAUUCAAGCCUCUGAAAGAAUCACGGAGUAA